AUGUAUACUAAACGCAAAGUCAACAAAAAUACCCGCUUUUGGCAAUCUCUCAAAGAUCAUGUGAUAUUUACACUGAGUAAUGCUUCAAUGCAUGGCUUAAUUCAUGUGGUUCGAAGCAAUCGUCUUUUAUUCGAAAGAUUUUUAUGGAUUGGAUUGGUUAUUGGUGCAUUUUCCGUUGCAACGCACCAAGCAUUACAAGCAUGGAACCGAUACGAUACAAGUCCGGUUGUUAUAACAAUCGAGAAGGAUUUUUUCAAUUGGGAAACUGAAUUUCCUGCGGUUUUUUUCUGUGCCAGAGCCAAACUAAGAACAGCCUACAAAUUCCUAAAAAUUUUCAGAAAUAAAUAUAACAUUUCUGCAAGUGUUGAUGAGUUGGAAGUUUACGUUGAUGAUUUAUUAUUUACAACUUAUGAAAAUUAUUCAAGUUUCGAGAAAUAUGCCAAUGGGUCACAAGAGGAUUUUGUCCCAACUGACCUGUAUUUGCAAUUGGUCAAUUUUACGUCGUUUCGAAUACCCAAAAAUUCGAACAAAACCAAAAUAAAGUACAGCGAAUGGCCAAAAAAUGUCGACGGAGAGUAUUCAUAUGUUUUGACCGAAUUUGGGUUUUGUCAUUGCUUUCACUCAAAACUUUCACAAUUUUUCAACAUCGAAAAUUUUACCUUAGAUGGUACCACAAACUCGACAUUCUUCCCUAUUACUAAAAGAUAUAAAGAACCGUCACUGACUUUAUCACAGUCUGAUUUUUCCCAAACUAAUUUUCUGUUUGUGAUUGGGACUAAUGAAAUUAUUGAUAUUACGUCGCAAUAUUUCGUAGUAACACCUCAAACAUUAGGUGAUGUUUUUUUAGAUAUUGUAGACAUUAUGAGUGAAAAGGACAUUAGAAAUUUGUCUCCGAAGCAAAGAAAUUGCAAAUAUUGGAACGAAGCAAAUGAUUUGGAGCACAGUCUCGUUUAUAGCUACAAUCUUUGUCGCAGAGAAUGCCGAAUUAAACUUUGUCUCCAAUUUUGUUACUGUACACCCUAUUAUUAUAAAAGAACCGAUAACGAAGCUAUUUGUAACAUGAGUGGAAUGUUUUGCUUAUCAAAAUAUCCAGAAAUUGUAACUUUGAAUGAUCCACAAACUGGUCAGGAUUUGUGUCCGUGUUUCCAAAACUGUAAUUUUCAAAGGAUCACAGCAGAGUUGACAAUAAAAGCUACAUGGUUCUUUGGUUCCAAGGUGACAGUCAAUUUGGAUCGUUUUCCAAAAGAUCGCUACAAACGAACUCUGAUUUUUACAAAAACUGAUCUUUUGAUCCAAAUCGGAAGUUUGUUUGGAUUGUUUUUAGGCUGUAGCGUUUUGAGUUUGAUUGAAAUUCCUUAUUUCUUGACACUGCGGUUUUUCUGGGGUGUUUUUGGUAAUAAAAAAAUAAAACCACGAGUUUGAAAAUGUUAGUGAUUAAAUUAAGUCGCUACACUUAGUUUAAUGA